AUGGCGGACCAAGUUACGGCUGUUGACUUUCCGGACGAGAUAUUCAGGUUGAUUUGCGAUAAACUGUCUCAGCAAGAUAUCUACCAAUGUACUCUUGUGUGCAAGAGCUGGAAUCCUCAUUUCCAGUCCGAACUGUGGAAAACUAUUUUACUCUUUGGAAAAAGCGAUCUUUACCGUAUUUUCGGUAAAAACGACCCUAUUUCACAUGGCUUGGCCAACAACGGACAAUUUAUCAGGAGAAUGGAAAUUGAUGCAAACACCGGUGUAACCAGAUUUGACAUGCGGGAUUUUCAACUAUUUGCGAAAAACGUGGAAAAACUUACUGCUCCAGGGUAUGGGUAUCCUCUUCGAAGCCUCAGACGUGCGAUCAAUUGGAGAUGUUGGAAGACACUGCUAUACCUGAAAGUCACAUGCCCAGGUUAUGAUUCGACAACAGAUAUCAAUGUAGCCAGUUUGACAGAACGAUAUACUAAAUAUCAGGAAACGCUAAACAGUUUCCGCUGGGCUAUACCAUCAACAGCUGGGUGGCAGUUAUCUUACAUGGAGUCUCUUCAUACAAAUUUGCCACAAUUGAUACGCCUAUCUCUCGAUGUACCGCUCACAUUCUCACAAUAUGACCCCGACCUGUUCAAGCCGCUUGUCCCAGCUUCCAGUAUCAAAAUCCUUCACAUUUUUACACGUACGGACUUUUCUCUUUGGUUACACUACAUCUCAAGAAAGUAUCCGAAUCUCCAAGAGCUGAUCCUUGAAAGAACUACAAGUCUAGUAGCAUACGUAGACUCUAUCGAGAGAUAUUUCCAUUAUUUUGGAAAUCCCCCCAACUUACAACAUCUGAGAAAGCUCAAACUUGUGUACGAAGUCAAUUCUGUUUAUGACUCUAGAUUAAUCGGCAGUACCUUGUUAGACAAUCCUAACAUAAAAGAACUGAGUUUAACAUUGAGCUAUUGCAUGAUAUUUAACGUAAAUCGCGUUCAUCUCUUGAAAGAAAAUAUUGGUUUGAUAUCCAAAGGUAUCACAGAGUUAUUUGUUUCUUGCAACCUCAUCUUUCCGGUCCCAGAUAACGAUGUGCUUCAAUUCAGCGCCUUUUCUUAUCUGGUCGUCCUACACAUCGAUGUGGCUUACACCUGUAUCUUUAUUGAUGAACUGAUGAAUGGGUGCGUACAUCUAGAAAAGCUGAGAUUGUGUGCGACUGAAUUGGCUAAGGAUAAACCACCCAAGAUAACUCCACCAAAGCACAAGCUCUGCCAUAUAGAAUUGGAGAGAAACACCUUGCACUGCGAUAUAUUGUCCUAUAUUUCUAGCCGCUGCUACUGUUUGUGCACCUUUUAUUUGAUUGAUAGCCUAGUCGUAGGUCCGGUCGAUCGAAGAACUGGGUUUAUGUAUAUUGCGAUGUGGGAAACAACAUUCAAUAUCUUUUUUGUGCUUCGAGUGCGCUUUAGGGCGGUUGACACGAAUUGGAAGCCAAGCAGCGCAGUCAAUCUUUUUUGUAUUUAUCAGAGCGACAAGAACGAAUCAGAUGACCCACGCUCCUCUUCCGCAGUUUCGUCGCCCUCGUCCUCUUCCUCGCAAUGGUAUUCUUUCUCGCCCUGGUCUUCCUCGUCUUCCUCUUCCUCGCAUUGUGAUCCAGAAAACAAAGAAGUCCAAGAAAAGAAGAAAAUAGAGAAUGUUGCUGUACUAAGUGACUGGUUCCAUAUUUACAGGUUGGGUUUUGGACCUACCGCUGGUUUUGACUAUCAAAAUCUUGAGGGUGAUGAUCGUCAAAAGGCAAUAGACUACUUUAAAGGAUUCGAAUCCAAAGAUGUAGAACAUGAUGGUCGUAGAAAUAAUCUACCGCACAAUAGUAUUGAUCUUGCCCCCAGUGAAUAUUGGCAAUUGGAUUUGCCAUGUGGAAGUGCCGUGUUUUUAUGUAAGGGCAUAAACAGCCAAACAGUUGUUGGUGGUACGUUUUCACGUUAA